AUGUUCUAUUUCCGCAAUUGUAGCGAAACUUUAAUGAUUUACCGACGUUUAUUUUCUUUUUUAAUUCAAAAUGUUCGUCAUUAUUCUCUUGAAUCGUCGAAUAAUUAUGACAAUGUCCGCGUUCGUUUUGCUCCUUCGCCAACUGGACAAUUACAUUUAGGUUCAUUAAGAACAGCACUUUUUAAUUAUUUAUUUGCCAAGAAAUAUGGAGGAUCAUUUUUAUUAAGAAUUGAAGAUACUGACCGGGAUAGAUUGUUUGAAAAUGCUUUGUCGUAUUUUGGCUUAAAUUUGGAUGAAUGCCCUUCCAUUGAUGGAAAUUUUGGUCCUUAUGUACAAUCUGAGAGAUGUGAAAUUUAUAAAAAUGAAGUUGAGAGGCUAAUAGAAGAGGAUAAAGCUUACAAAUGUUUUUGUUCUGUUGAGAGACUUGAUAUUCUUCGACGCAAAGCUUUAAAUGAAAAGAAAAUUCCUCGUUAUGACCGCCAUUGUCGAGAUCUGUCAAAAGAAGAAAUUGUUGCUCGUGAAAAAAAUGGUGAAAUACCUGUUGUUAGAUUUAAAUAUGAUGCUGGUGAAAUGUCUUUUAAGGAUACAGUUUUUGGUGUUUAUUCUACAAGUUGGGACGAGGUUGAUUUUAUUAUUUUAAAACGUGAUGGCUUUCCAACUUAUCACUUUGCUAAUGUUGUAGAUGACCAUUAUAUGCAAAUUAGUGAUGUAAUUCGCGGAUCGGAAUGGCUUUUAUCUACACCAAAACAUUUAAAACUUUAUGAAGCUUUUAAUUGGAAGGAACCGCGAUUUACACAUUUACCUUUAAUUACUGAGGAUGGAAAAAAUAAAUUGUCAAAAAGAAAAUCGCAUGCAUUUGUGAGUUAUUAUACAAAUCUUGGCUAUCUCCCUUUAGCUGUUUUAAAUUUUUUAUUACGAAAUGGAAGUGGAAUUAAAGAAUAUAAUUUACACAAACUUUAUUCAAUUGAUGAAAUGAUUACAAAUUUUGAUCAAAAUUUAAUUGGUAGAAGUACUUUUAUGUUAGAUUUAAAAGAAUUGGAUCGUUAUGGAAGAAUGGCUUUUCAAGCUAGUGAUUUUGAAAAAGAUUUGCUUCCUUGUAUUAAAAAACAAUUUUCUCUUCUUCCAGAGGCAACAAAAACUUCAAUAAAUCCACAAUUAUUAACUUCUUCAUAUUUUAAUAAAGUAAUUUCAUUUUUACAUUUAAAUGAAGAAAAAUUUUGUAAAAUGUCUGACAUAACAACAGGGGAUUUUAAAUUCUUUUUUAUGACACCAAAUUCGUCAGAAAAAAUUGUCAAAUAUUUUCAAGAUAUUAAAAAAGUUUUGAAAAUUUUGAAUAAAUUGUUGGAAUAUUCAAAAUUGGAUAGUAAUAAAAUUAAUUUUGAACAAAUUAAAUUGUUAGCGAAGGAAGAAGAAGAUUUUUCUGCAGGAAAAAUAACUACGUUUGUUUAAAAUUAAUUUUUUUUGUUGGGGAUCUCACUAUUGUGUAAAUAAGAAGUGUGACAAAUUGAGAAAAUAAAGUCUGGGUAUCAGGUUUCGGAUCCGGUUUUCAAAAUUUUCUUCGGAUAUGUUUCGGGUUUUCGAGUAAUGGAAAAAAUUUCUUUUCGAAAUUUCGGUUCGUGGUUUUAUCUUUUUCGUGGUAAAGGAUUGUUUCAGCUUCUUACUUGUGGCGUUGGGUGGAUUUAAUUCUAUUUUAGCGGCAACAAGAAUACUUUUUUUAAUUCAAAUUUUUUUCUUUCAGUCUUUUUCGAUUAGCAAUAAUUGAUAAUAUAUCUGGACCACCUAUUCAUGAACUUGUUAAAUUUUUUGGAACAAAAGAAAUUUCAUCAAGAUUAGAAAAAAUGGUUUUUAAAUUGGAGGGAUAUUUAAAUAAUUAUGAUGAUGUGAAGAAGAAAAAAUGUGAAGCUGCCUGAAAAUAUUAUUUUUUUUUACUUUUUUUGUUAAAAAUUUGAUAACCUUUAAAGUUUGGAAUUUUUUAGGGUUUUUUGUUAAAUUAUUUUUGUUGUUCCUUUUGUUUUACUCUUAUUGUUCCUUUCUGUCUUAUGUUGGUUUUUUAAAAUUAGUCCUUUGUAAUUUGGUGUUUAGAAAUAUU